AGAAAGUGAAAUUACGCCAUGGUUACGGUGUCGACAGGUCCGAUCCGAACCUUCACCCGGCUGGCACUGCUGCUGAGUUUGCUGUGUCGCGGGGGAAUGGGCCGCGAUCCACCUACCGUGACCAUCCCGGACCAGGGCACGGUGAUGGGCAUGUACAUGAAGAUGUUCCGGACGCAGCGGGUCAUUGCGUACCUGGGCAUACCGUACGCACAGGCACCGGUCAACGAGAAGCGCUUCACGCCACCAGUGGUGGACAAUCUGCCCAGCUGGGAGGGCAUUAAGAAUGCUACCAGCAUGGCACCACACUGUUGGCAUAUGCCGCGUGACACCCAUCGGCGGCACAACCAACUGUUUAUGGAGCUGAUUCGUUCGGGGGACGAUGGUGGAGGUGAUGGUGGUGGCGAGCGGCAGUACGACGAAGAUUGUUUGUUUCUGAACAUCUACAUACCGGAUUCAACCAUGCCAACGGACGGCUACUCGGUGCUAGUUACGUUUCCCACUGGUGACUUUGAUGGCGACACGCCGUUCACGUUAAAUCCCUUCCAGAUGGUGUUCAAGCAGAAGAUCAUCGUCGUGACGGUGGCCUACCGGUUGGGCAUCUUCGGGUUCUUCACCAGCAUGGACGGGGAGGCACCGGGCAACUUUGGCUUGAUGGACCAGUCGGCCGCGCUGCUCUGGAUCAAGCGCAACAUUCGGCUGUUCAACGGGAACGAGGGUUCGGUCACGAUCAUGGGCCACGGGACGGGUGCGGUGUGCGUCGGGCUGCAUCUCACGUCCGGCGACUGGACGGACGACAUGUUCCACAAGGCGAUCCUAAUGUCUGGCAGUCUGCUGCUCGAUUCGAGCGUCCGCACCGCCAAGCAAUAUGCAUCUUCUUUGGACGAGCUGGCGACCGCCUUCGGGUGCUUCCGUCGGCCGACCACAAAGCUGAUGGAUUGCUUACGGCGGGUCGACGCACAGAUUCUGGCGGAAAACUCGCCCCCGAUCGACUGGGGCCCGGUCAUCGAUCGUGGGCUAAGCAACACGACCACACCCUUCAUCUCGGACCACCCGAACAUGCUGGUGCACCAGGGCAAGCUGCGCCGGGUGCCACUGUUGAUUGGCCACACCGACAUGGAGGAGGUGCUGGAGCUGACGAUGGGCGACAUGCUCGAGCAUGGGCUCGGCGCGGAAAUGUUCGAAACGCUGCUAGGUGACGUCGUGAUGGGUGAUCUGGCCGAGAUGGACUUCAACGAAACGCUGUGCGGGGGCAACAUGGACAUCGUGAUGGAGGCGGUCCAGUAUCAGUACAAACCGUACCCUCCGACCACCGAUCCCGUCGCUCUGCGCCGGAAGUACAUCGAGUUCGCGACCGAGCGCAAGUACGUCGCACCAACGAUCGAGCUAGCGAUGCACAUGAGCCAACAGGCGGACACGUUUGUGUAUCGGUUCGACAUCAAACCACGGACGGCGGCCACGCUCAAGGAUGUGCCCGAGUGGGUAGGCGUCCCGCACAAUUUCGAGCUAAUCUUUCUGUGGGGCCUGCCGUACUGGUUGGCGCUCGCCGAACAAAUGCAGUGGGACAGCGCGGACAAGCGGGUGGCCGAUAUCGUGAUGACGUUGUGGGCGAACUUUGCCAAGUUCACCAACCCGACGCAGGUUGGGGUGUACAUCCGGUGGGAAAAGUUUACCGUCACCGAGCCGGGCGUGCUGAUCAUCGACCGAUCGUUCAACAUGAGCGAUCACACGACGAUGAGCUUCGAUGCGGUCAAGUUCUGGAACCAUUACUACCCGAGCGUCAUCAACUUUGCCGCCCAGUGCUGUAACGCCACGUACAAUGGUGGCGGACGGGGCGCAUCACUGAGCGGUGGCAGUCUGGUGGGCAGCUUGCUGGUGGCAACCAUCACCCUUUUCCUGUUACAAUCAUUCGUUCACCUGCACACGACACACUUUGCCUCGCCAACGUAG